AUGUCUCCUUCCGCCGCUCCGGACACCACUAUCAAGGUCAGCGACCUCAAUUACCUAUUCCCCGAUGGCUCGACAGGACUUUCACACCUCUCUCUUGACCUCCCUCAGAGUAGUCGAACCCUCUUGAUUGGCGCCAAUGGCGCAGGUAAAAGUACGCUCCUCAGGCUCCUUUCAGGCAAACGGCUCGCGCCAAACGGUUCCAUCGUCAUCGGGGGUGUCGACCCGUUCAAAGAGGGUCUCGAAGGUGUUACAUAUCUCGGUACCGAAUGGGUCCUUAACCCUAUCGUUCGAAGUGAUAUCGAUGUGCCGACUUUACUCGCAUCCGUCGGAGGAGAUUACUACACAGAACGGAGGGAUGAACUGAUUGACAUACUCGAUAUCGAUAUGUCAUGGCACAUGCAUGCAGUGUCAGAUGGAGAAAGGCGGCGUGUCCAGCUUGCCAUGGGCCUAUUGAGACCAUGGAAUCUACUCUUGCUAGACGAAAUCACGGUUGAUCUGGAUCUGUUGAGUCGAAGCAACUUCCUGGAUUUUCUAAAACGGGAGACGGAAAGGAGGCCUUGUACUAUCGUCUACGCUACGCAUAUCCUAGACAACCUUGCCCAGUGGCCUACUCAUUUGGUCCAUAUGCACAUGGGCAAGGUAAGAGACUGGGGCUCCAUGGAGAAGUUCUAUAACAACCGCCCUCGCAUGUCGGAGAACAGUCAGCUGGGUGAACUGGUCAUCGAAUGGCUGAGGAAGGAUAUGAGCGAGCGUGGACCUCGCCCUGGUAGACCAGCAGAGGCUAAAACAAUAACGAGGAACGAAUGA